AUGGGGUGCAAUCUAUUACAACUUUUGUGGCAAUCUUUUCUUCAUCUAAAUCUAUUUCAAAGUCACUCAAGCAAUGCACAAACUACUGUUUGGGAACAACUUGCAACGCGUAUCUAUAUUAUAUCAAUGAUUAGUCUUCUGUUUCUUAUUGCCAUUGUUUCUGCAUGCAUUGUACGAACAGAUAAUAUCAUUGAAUAUUCACCUUCAUAUGUCAAGUUUAUCGAUUUGUGGAAAAAAUAUUCGAAUACUUUGAAAUGUCCAUGUUCGAAGAUUGGCAUUGCUUAUGGAACGUUUGUCAAAACUUAUGUUGAUUUUCAUCAAGUAUGUUCAAGUCACUUUGUUACACAAGAUUGGAUCGAUUCAAUAUUUAUUCCAAAGCCUACUUCUUUCCCAACUGUAUUUGAUAUUCGUUUUUAUCUUAGUCAUUUCUGGCAAGUCAUUGCAGGCCUUUGUAGCGUUAGUAAGAAUACUUGGACUGAUGCUAUUUCAAGUUUUGGCCGAUCUCACAUUCUUAGUCCAAUAGCAAUUCCCGAUGAGGUUGUCAGAAAUCAAGUUCAAGAAGCACUUAAUAAUCAACUUUCUUUGGCUCAAGUAUCCUUAGUUCGCACUUUACAUGCUAUUCGAAGAUUAACAUCCGAAAAUCAAUUUGUAUCUGCUUUGUCAACCAAUUUUUAUCUUCAUUAUCCACCAUUGAAUUAUGGAAAUUGGACUUAUCCAAAAAUGCUUCCCGUAGUAUUUGAUGAUUGUUCUUGUUUGAAUAUAACCGGAUGUCCGCACCCAGCUUUCAUUAAAAAUAGUCAAAAUCUGUUAGUAUCAAUACCGGGAAUGAUUAUUGAUUGUUACAUUGUCGAUAGUACGCUAGCAUCAACAUUAGAAUGUUACUAUAAUUCAACAUGUUUUAAACUUCUGCAUCAACAAUUAACGACAACAGUUAACUUGUUGUCAAACUCUUCGAAUAGACACUUUCUGUUCAAUUCUACUGUGCAAACACUUCUCGAUAAUUCUAUGAUAGAUCAAUGGCAUACUGAAAUACAAUUUAAUCUAUUUUACAGUGAAUGUGAUCCUACUUAUUGCACUUAUUCAUACAUGCAUCGCUUUUCUAUUUUAUUUAUUAUUACUACAACAGUUGGAGCAUUCGGUACACUUUCGCUUAUACUGCGUCUUAUUGCACCAUUUAUUGCACAAGCUUUCAUUCGGUGGACAACUAGAAUUUCAGAAAAAGAUAACAUACUAGAGAAUGUUGUGAUUUCUCGACGACAUCUGUGUAAGUUCUAA